AUGAAAUUAAAGGAACUAAUAAAUAGAUCAUGUUACAAAAACAAUUUCUUUAAAAAAAAUAAUGUUCCCAUUUUCUAUAAAUUAGUCAGUAGUUUAGUUUUAGAAUCUGAUUCUUCUAGAUUAGUUUUACAAAAUUAUAGAUUAGCUGGUACCAAUAGUUUUUUAUAA